AUGGCCAGUAAUAAUACUACCAAGAAACAGCAGAAGAAGCCACACAAGGUUGCCAAACCUAGAAAAACGCCAUCCUUGAAACAAAAGCUUAAAAAGGAAUCCAAAGUCGUCAAGAUCAAUGACUUGGCUUGGAAACCUGUUGAGAUACCAGAUAACUUGGGUGACUACACUGGGUUUUUUGGAUUAGAGGAAAUUGACGGAGUUGAUGUUGAAGUUGUUGAUGGAAAGCCACAGUUUGUUGUUAAAAGUGAGGGAUCGACACAAGUCCAGAAAGAGCAAGAACAAGAGCAAGAGCAAGAGGAUGAAACUACAGGUAAGGAGGACCAAGCAGAUGAGACGCCAGUAGAGAACGAGCAAGAUGAGAACGAAGACAUUGACGACGAAGAGUUUACUGGAUUUGAUGACGACGAAGCGGAUGAAGACAUCUCCACAAAGGAUACUCUUUUGACAGAAGCUACUGAGAAAGAAGGUCAAGAAAUGUCUGAACUCAAGCACAAUGUCUUUGCCAAUCUUGAUUUACCCAUGCCUGAUGACAACGACAUUAAUUUACCACAGUGGUCAGAGAAUGAACUUGGAGUUUCACUCAGUCCAUACACAUUAAACGGUCUUGCCAAUUUAGAUUUUACCAUUCCAACGCCAAUCCAAAAAAGAACUAUCCCCAUUGCAAUGGAGGGGAAAGAUGUAGUGGGGAAAGCAACUACUGGUUCCGGUAAGACUCUCGCUUAUGGAAUACCCAUUCUUGAAAAGUAUUUACAAUCGCUAGAUCAAGUCAAGCAAAAUGUCAAGGACAAGAAAAUCAAUACUCCCAACGGUAUCAUAUUCACCCCAACUAGAGAGUUGGCACAUCAAGUAGUUGACCAUUUGAACAAGUUGGCUCAGUACUCACCCCUCUCUGUGAGAGGAAUAGUCAGUGUGACUGGUGGUCUAGCAAUACAGAAACAGCAAAGGUUGUUAAAGAUGGGACCUGGGAUCGUUGUUGCUACGCCGGGAAGGUUUUUAGAAUUGUGUGAAAACGAUUCCGAAUUGCUCCAGAGGAUGAGCUUGACUGAUAUUGUGGUAUUAGAUGAAGCUGAUCGAUUAUUGCAAGACGGCCAUUUUGAGGAAUUUGCAAAGAUAUUGGAGCUAUUUGGCAAAAAUAGACCCAAGAAUAAGAGUGUUCAGUGGAAAUGGCAGACAUUGGUGUUUAGUGCUACUUUUUCUCGAGACUUGUUUGGCAAGUUGGAUAAACAAAAAUCAAACACCAAGGGUCAGAAGCAACAGAUUGAUGGAAACAGUCUAGUGCAAAAUGACGAAAUUAUUGAAUUAUUGAAUGAGAAGUUGCACUUCAAAGAUAAACACCCCGUAUUGAUUGAUGCUAACCCAAAGGAGAUCGUUUCGGGACAAAUUACGGAAGCUUUGGUUGAAUGUGGAGCCACUGAACGUGAUUUGUACUUGUACUACUUCUUGUUAAUGUACAAAGGGUCAACCUUGGUCUUUGCAAACUCUAUAGAUUCAGUAAAGAGAUUGGUGCCCUUGCUUGAAAACUUGAAGAUUCCAGCAUUUGCUAUUCAUUCAUCAAUGGAACAAAAGCAAAGAUUGAGGUCAUUGGAGAGGUUUAAAGCUGCUCUUGAAAAGAAUGAAACUGCUGUGUUGGUUGCAUCUGAUGUUGCUGCUAGAGGGUUGGAUAUUCCCAAGAUCGAUCAUGUUGCGCACUACCAUUUACCGAGAUCGGCUGAUGUAUACAUUCAUCGAUCAGGAAGAACUGCAAGAGCAGGCAGAGAAGGUGUAUCGGUGAUGUUUUGCUCUCCACAAGAAGCCUCUGGCCCGUUGAGGAAAUUGCGCAAGAUUGUGGCGUCAAAUGCUAGCAGCACCAAGAGAUUGAAUGCUCAUACUGAUGUAAAAUUGUUGCCUAUAGAGAUGGAUUUAGUGGCCCAGUUGAGACCAAGAAUUGAAUUGGCAGGGAAGUUAGCUGACGCAAGGAUAUCUUCAACAGCGACACGAAAGGAAGACUCCUGGGUCAAGCAAGCCGCAGAGGAUUUGGGUGUUGAGGAUCUACACGAUUUGGAUGAGUUUGAGGAUGAUAUCAUCAAAAAGCAGAGACAAAGGCAAGAAAGUAAAAAAUUGACCAAAGACGUUCAAAAUAGAUACAAGUAUGAGUUGCGGGAAUUGCUUGCUAGACCUAUUAGGAAAAACAAUCGUAGGUCUUAUUUGACCAGUGGAUUGCAAAACUUGGCUCAUCAAAUGGUUACUGGGAAGCAUCAUGAAGAUGUAGUAGGACAUGAAAAAGUAAAUGCUUUGAAGGAUUUGCAAAAAAAUGGCAGUAAAAUCAAACCAGUUAUUAAUGAACAAAAAUUGAACAAGAUUGUCAAGACGAAAGAAGCAAAGCAGGCUAAAAAAGAUCAGAAAAAGGAAGCCAAGCAAAAGAGACAAGAGUUGAGGGAUGGCAAGUAG